AUGUUCAUUACGGCAUUUGUCCAUUACGAUUUAUUGAAUAAAUCUAUCUAUCUAUCUAUCUAUCUAUCUAUCUAUCUAUCUAUCUAUCUCUCUAUCUAUCUAUCUAUCUAUCUAUCUAUCUAUCUUAAUUUUCAGUUUUAUCUAUCUAUCUAUCUAUCUAUCUAUCUAUCUAUCUAUCUAUCUCAGUCUGUUUCUAUGUAUCUCGGUCUGUUUUCUCUCUCUCUCUCUCUCUAUCUAUCUAUCUAUCUAUCUAUCUAUCUAUCUAUCUAUCUAUCUCUGUUCUAUCAGUCUGUUUCUAUCUAUCUCAGCCUGUUUUUCUCUCUCUAUCAAUAUAUCUCAGUUUGUUUCUAUCUAUCUAUCUAUCUAUCUAUCUAUCUAUCUAUAUAUCUCUGUUCUCUCAGUCUGUUUUUAUCUAUCUCAUGGGUUUCUAUCUAUCUAUCUAUCUAUCUAUCUAUCUAUCUAUCUAUCUAUCUAUCUAUCUAUCUAUCUAUCUAUCUAUCUAUCUAUCUUAAUCCUUUUAUAUUUCCUUUAAAAUUGAAUAUUAUCUCUCAUAAUAUCUAUGGCUGCUAUUACCAAAUCUACAUCCCCUAUCUAUCUAUCUAUCUAUCUAUCUAUCUAUCUAUCUAUCUAUCUACUUUAAUAUUUCAUUAUCUAUCUAUCUAUCUAUUUCAAUCUUCCAUUAUAUAG